GGGGCGCCGCUGCGGCCACCGGGCAGGCUUUUUGCCUUGGGUCUCUUUUGUCACACGUCACUCAUCUGUGAGUUGAGGCCUUGACUCCCUUCCCACAGAGAAGGAAGUGUCCUUUCUCUCUGAAGAUGAACUCAACGGACCACUUCCAGGAUGCUCCCAACACCUCUUUGCUCCACGUGCCUCACUCCCAGCAAGGAAACAGCACUGCUCUCCAGGAGGACCUCCAGGGUUUCAUUCACACAGCCACUCUGGUGACCUGUACUUUUCUACUCGCAAUCGUCUUCUGCCUGGGCUCUUAUGGCAACUUCAUUGUCUUCUUGUCCUUCUUUGAUCCAGCCUUCAGGAAAUUCAGAACCAACUUUGAUUUCAUGGUUCUGAACCUUUCCUUCUGUGACCUCUUCAUCUGUGGAGUGACGGCCCCCAUGUUCACCUUUGUGUUAUUUUUUAGCUCAGUCAGUAGCAUACCGGAUGCUUUCUGCUUCACCUUCCAUCUCACCAGCUCCGGCUUCAUCAUCAUGUCCCUCAAGACAGUGGCAGUGAUUGCCCUGCACCGGCUCCGCAUGGUGCUGGGGAAGCAGCCUAAUCGCACAGCCUCCUUUCCCUGCACCUUGCUCCUCACUCUGCUUCUCUGGACCACCAGUUUCACCCUCGCCACCCUGGCCACGUUGAAAACCAGCAAGUCCCACCUCUGCCUCCCCAUGUCCAGUCUGAUUGCUGGAGAAGGGAAAGCCGUGCUGUCUCUCUAUGUGGUCGACUUCACCUUCUGUGUUGCUGUGGUCUCUGUCUCUUACAUCAUGAUUGCUCAGACCUUGCGGAAAAAUGCUCAAGUCAGAAAGUGCCCCCCUAUAAUCACAGUCGAUGCUUCCAGACCACAGCCUUUCAUGGGGGCACCUGUGAAGGGAGGUGGAGAUCCCAUCCAGUGCACCAUGCCAGCUCUAUACAGGAACCAGAAUUACAACAAACUGCAGCAUGUUCAGACCCAUGGAUACACCAAGAGUCCCAACCAGCUGCCAAACCCUGCAGCCAGCCGGCUCCAGCUGGUGUCAGCUGUCAAUCUUUCCACGGCUAAGGAUUCCAAAGCAGUGGUCACUUGCGUGGUCAUUGUGCUGUCAGUCCUGGUGUGCUGUCUUCCACUGGGGAUUUCCUUGGUGCAGGUGGUUCUGUCCAGCAAUGGGAGCUUCAUCCUUUAUCAGUUUGAACUGUUCGGAUUUACCCUUAUAUUUUUCAAGUCAGGAUUAAACCCUUUUAUAUAUUCUCGGAACAGUGCAGGACUGAGAAGGAAAGUGCUCUGGUGCCUCCAAUACAUAGGCCUGGUUUUUUUCUGCUGCCAACAGAAGACUCGACUUCGAGCCAUGGGAAAAGGAAACCUCGAAGUUAAUAGAAACAAAUCAUCCCACCAUGAAACAAACUCUGCCUACAUGUUGUCUCCAAAGCCCCAGAAAAAAUUUGUGGACCAGGCUUGUGGCCCAAGUCAUUCGAAGGAAAGUGUAGUCAGUCCCAAGAUCUCUGCCGGACAUCAACUCUAUGGUCAGAGCAGCUCAACCCCCAUCAAUACUCGGAUCGAACCAUACUACAGCAUCUAUAACAGCAGCCCAUCCCAAGAAGAGAGCAUCCCACGUAACUUACAGCCAGUAAACUCUUUUAAAGGAUUUGCCACUUCAUAUAUCGCCAUGCAUUAUCACACCACUAAUGAUUUAAUGCAAGAAUAUGACAGCGCUUCAGCCAAGCAGAUUCCAGUCCCCUCUGUUUAGAGUCCUGGAGGCUGGAGAAUCUUGUGUAAACUGUUUUUGUUUCUGAUACUAAUUGAUUUCUUUUUUUACUUCGUGAGACCAGUAGUAGAUCAAAACUUAAAGAUUCAGCUAAACAGUUGGUGGUUUUGAUUUUCUUUUGUCUAAAGUAUUAGCAUCUAUUGUUUGAUUUGUGAUUUAUUGACAUUUUAAGAUUUGAUGUAAUAGUUUAUUAUUUAGAUUUUUACCCUGACCUGUGGUCCAGUCUUUUGUACUAAACUUUUAAAUAGAUGCCCAGGAAGGAUCAUGCUACUGUGUUAAAGUAAAGGAAGAACUGAUUAUGAUCAUUUGAGUCAGCGCUAUGGGUCUUCAAAGUAUAUAUUAGUUAGAUUUUUUUAAAGAAUGUGAAGGUAUGAUCUUUACUGAGGUGUUAUUUUUAUUGAUUGAAUUAUAAGUUUUGAUUCUUUGAAGUAUUGAAAUGGGGAAACGUACACUUUUUUCGUAACAGGCUUAUUUCAAUAAAUAAUAUAUUGUUAAAGCAGAAAAUAAGAAAUAUAUUAUCUAUAACUAUUCUUAUAAAAAAUACACAGGCAUUCAAUACUUCCCUUUUAUAAGACAGUCAGCCAAGAAUAUAGUGUUAAGAUGAUUUCCAUUUCUUAUUAUAGACAUUAUUAUUUUGUGUCAAUUGAGUAUAUAGUUCUUUUUAAAAGAUGUUUUUGCUUGAUUAAAGUGAAUUACUCUGUUUUGGAAAGAUCUUACCCAAGAACCCUAGUGAAGAGGACUGCACCUCUGGUAGAAGUGAGCUAUUCCUGGGAGGGUCGGCACUAAAAUGUGGUCAUCUCAGUCAGGGUGUUGUUAUGUGGGAAGCAAGCUAGACUGUUAUGUGUCAGAUGAUCUUUAUUAUUGCUUAAGAACACAUAAGAAUGAGAUUGUGAGUGUUUGGAUUUAUGCUUUCCUUCUGCGUGAGAAUGGUUUGUUAAUAACUUGACAAAAAGUAUGCAAGUAACUUUUUUGAAACAUUUAUUUUCUUCAUUUAUAUGUUUCUACCAUAGGUUAUAUGGUAAAAAAAUUCUUCUGAUGAUCUAUUUUCAACCUAAUUGUGUUCUCUCCCAUUAAUCUUAAACUGGAGAUGAGCAGUAAGGAAAAAUAGAUUAAAUAUUUCUAUACUGAAAACUAAUUUUAUUAUAUGUUCUGUGAUCCCUAGCCUAACAACUGUAAACUCAAUUUUUAUGUAAAAGUAUUUUCAUCAAACAGCAUUUGAACUUGUUACAUUUUUUGAACUGUAACCGCUAGACACAAGAUGAGCAUCAAGAUAUAAAACCUAUCUUUAUAAGUUCUAUUCAAGAAUAGUUAUUGUAGACUGGAAGGCACUUUGUUCCUUUAGGUAAAAGGUAUUCAAUUUAUAGCACCCUCUCUCUCUCAAGCUGUUCCCAAGUGCAGAGGUCAUGAGAGGCAUGGAGAAGACAAAGAAGAUACUCAGCUAUUACUCUGCUCAGCCUCAUUUUACAAUUGUUACCUUUCCGUAUAAACCAGUCAUUUCUAUUUCUGAGAUUAAACUAUGACAUAUGAGUUUCAUUUUGUUUUUAAAUUCACCUUUUAAGACUUUCUCCUUAUCUCCCUUUAUUUUUGCUAUAAAUUUUAUAAUAGAAGAGAAAAUAUCCACUCACAUUUUUUUUUGUAAUCGAAUGCUAUAUCUAGAAGUCACUAUGACCUGUUUUAAUUGUACUUUGAUAUUUUUAAUAUAACAGUGUUUUCAUUUAUUAAUACUCCCAUGAGAUAGGUUAGUAUAUCGCCUCUUUGUAACAAAGAAUUAAAAUAUAUAUCCUCUCCCAAGAUCAUUUGAAAUAUUGUGGCAAUUUAGGAAUCAGACUUUUGUCUAAAUUCAAAACUUGGUGUUUAUUCCAAUAAACCAAACAGCUUUAUAAUUAAUAGCAUUAAUCAAGGAGAUAUUUCAUACUUUUUAAAGUGUGUGUCUCUUUUCUGGCCAGGCAUUUCAAAUGUGAUUCAAUAAAUGAUUUUUUUAAAAGUAAUUUCCACUAAAAAUGACAGGUUUCCUGUGUGACCUUUGAGAUGACUUGACCCAACUUUGGGUGGUGAAAAUCAUACCAUAAAGAAAACUAAGCAUGUGCAUAUGAGGUAUUCAGUCUCUUAAAACUCAUUCAUCAAGAAAUUAUUGAUUUACCUUGCAUGAAAGAUGUAGUGGGCUAGAUUCUUAGCCCUCCUCCAUAUCUGUAUCUAUGUGUAGAUAUAGAUAGACAUAUAUAAAUUCUCUCUUCAUAAGGGCUAAAAUGAGAACUUCAAGUAAUGAGAAUUCAGUUGAAUAUGACUAAUUAGCAGGGUAUAUUAGUUCUCUUGAGGCUUUACUGUGAUGCAAAAUACAUGUGUAUGUCAAACAUUUUAUAAUUGUUCUGAUGUUAACCAUUAGGCCAGAUUUGUAUAACUGAUGCUUUUAAUGUUAUUUCAAAAUAAUGUUUGGAAAAUAAAAAUAUUGAA